ACACACAUUACAUUUAAAUACUCCGCGACCUAUACUAUAAUGACACUUUUUUCAUACGUUGUAUGCUUAUAGUUGGUGUGUUUUAGUAAUGCCAUUUGCGAUAUAAAAACAAACGGCAACUUCUAUCUUGAUUCCACACGAUUCCUUUACUCACAUCGUCCAAAACAUCUUGUUACAUUUUUUAUUCGAAAUUUGUGGAAAUAUCGCCAUAGUACAAAAGAUGAAGCUGCUCAAGUGUUUUGUCCUAUUCAUGUCAUUCCUAACAGGCAUUAAUGCCAAGAGUCUAAGGUGUCCUAUACGCUCAUUAAACGCUGUCGCAAACAAGUCUAUAGACGGUAUGAAGGCUGUUGGUGAAUCGCUAUCCUCCCUUCAAAAUAACACAUUCCAUAAAUUUGAUGUCAAAAAGAAGUUGGAUGUUGGCCUGGUAGCUUUGAACUGUCAGCUCAAAGAUUCCAACGUGGCAGUACCUUCUGUCGUGAGGAAGCACAUUCAGGAUCCCAGUAUAAACUGCAGUUUAUAUCAUGCCUUGCAGAGAUUUAAUGAACUCUCCCUGGAAGCAACCUUUAAGUUAUCAGACGAAACCUCGCUGGUGUCAAAUGCGUCAUUCGAUUUGCCAAAAACAUUCGAACUUACACUCAAAGGUGCUGGCAAAAGCAUCAGUGUGGAUGCCCAUACAAGUGACAUUUUAAAGAGACUGGAUUUCAUUCUCAGAUAUCGCAACUUAAUUUUAGGAUAUUCUCUAAAUCUACGAAGCAAAGAAAACAACAUUGAAUUCCUACAACGCUUGGAAAACCUCUACGAUGUUAAUGGGAAGUACCUAGAUGUUACACCCAAGGUCGAAGUUUCAUUCGCUAAAGACGGCAAAAUUGAUGCCAGAGCAUGCCUAGUCCUAAAGAGAGAUGGACUCGUGAUCACACCAAUCAUCUAUCCAUUCUCAAAGCAAUGUGAACUUGCUGUAGAAACCAAGGUCACCGAUGAAAUCAAGGUAGGAAUGUUCAUUAGCAAGAACAAGGACUUAUAUCUCAACCUAACCUACGAAAACUACUGGGGAAGUAGUUCAUGGCAAUCUCUCGCACUCAGAUUCGUUCUGUCUGACGUCCUCAGAACUAGCAUGCUCAUACAAAACGAAGUCUACUUGUAA